AUGUCUGGUGUCAGCUACGAUGCCGAGGGGCCUCCUUUUGGUCCCAUUGUCAACGGCACGCAGAUUGUCUUUUACCACUAUCUUCCAAGCCAAGAGGCAGGCUGGACUUUUGUUGUCAUAUUCGGACUGGCUACGCUUAUUCAUAUAUUCCUGCUGUUCAAGUUGCGCGCUUGGCACUUUCUGCCGCUCAUCCUGGGCACCAUCGGCGAGGCGUUCGGCUACUAUGGACGAGUGAUGGCCCACAGCCGUCCGAACGUCGCUGGUCCCUUCAUCAUCCAGAACCUCCUGAUACUGGGCAUGGCCCCGCUCAUCGCCGCCACAGUGUAUAUGAGCCUCAGUCGAGUGAUCAAAGCGCUCGACCUCCGCGAGCACCUUCCGAUCAGUCCAAGGCUCACGACGGCGUUCUACAUCAUUGUGGACAUUGGGUGUUUUGUCACCCAAGUGUUCGGUUCAAUCAUGCCGGCAUCCGGUGACCCCCAGGGUAUCGCGCUGGGCAGGAACCUCAUCAUCGGCGGGCUGAUCGCGCAGCUCGUGGCGCUGUCCCUCUUCACGUUUUCCAACCUUCACGCCCACCGCUGUGCUAAGAGACUGGCGAUGGUGAAGGUCGGAGGACCAAUUCCACUGAACGGCUCGCGAUACUUCGCGGCCAGCUACGUCGCGACUCUAGCCAUGUUGACUCGGGCGUUGGUCAGGGGUGUCGAGUACUUGCAGGGCGGCGAUGGCGUCGUCAUGAGCCACGAAGUCUUCCUGUAUCUGUUUGACGCCGUUCCUAUCACCCUGAUUCUGGUUCUUUACAUGUUUAUUCACCCAGGACGACUGGUCAGGGAGGCCGGCAAGAAGAGUUGGGGCAUGGAGUUGUUGGAGUCGAGGCACUGA